AUGAAAAGAGUUGAAGGAAUUUCAUCUUCAUAUCAAAAUCAAAUAAUUCAAGAAUUUACAAAAAUUUGGGGAGUUGGACAAAAAACAGCUUUCCAAUUAUAUUCAUAUGGAUAUAGAAAUAUAAAUGAAAUUGAUAAAUCUAAAUUAAAUUCACAACAAUUAAUUGGAUUAAAAUAUUUUUAUGAAUUUCAACAAAGAAUUCCAAGAAUGGAAGUUGAACAAAUUUAUAAUUUAAUUAAUCAAGUUUGUUAUGAAAUUAAUCCAUUUAUAGUAUGUCAAGUAUGUGGUUCAUAUAGAAGAGGUAAACAAGAUUCAGGUGAUGUUGACAUUUUAAUUACUCUAAAACAAGAUGAAAAUGAUAAUCAAUUUUCAUCAAUUGAAUUAUCAUCAAAUGAAUCAUCAUCAAUUGAAUCAAAUGAAUUGAUAACUAUUAAUAAUAUUAAUAAUAAUAAUAAUAAUAAUAAUAAUCAUAUUAAUAAUAAUCAUAAUAAUAAUAAUGAAAAAAUAAUAAUUGAUGGAUUAUUACAAAAAAUAGUAACAAAACUUGAAGAAAUGAAAAUAAUAACUGAUACAUUAUCAAUUUCAUGUAAAAUACAUUUAAAUCAAGAUGAAAAUGAUACAUUUAUGGGAGUUUAUUAUUUACCACAAAUUGGAAUUCACAGAAGAAUUGAUAUUAAAGUUUAUAGGAGAGAACAUUUUGCAUUUGCAUUAUUAUAUUUUACAGGUUCAGAUCAUUUUAAUAGAUCAUUACGUUUAUUAUGUAGAAAGAAGGGUUAUUCUCUAAGUGAUAAAUCAUUAUGUAUAAAUACUAUUAGAGAUUCAAAAUCAAAUAGAAUUCAUGAUGGUACUAAAAUUAAUUGUAAAACUGAAAAUGAUAUUUUUAAUUUUAUUGGAAUACCAUUUAAAGAACCAAAAGAUAGAGAUGUUUAA